AUGGCUGAAGAAGAAGCUAAGGUUGUGGCUGUAGAAGAACCAAAGGUGAUGGCUGUAGAGGAACCAAAGGGGUUGGACUACAUACCAGAGGUUAUACUGAAGAAGAGGAAGAACAGAGAUGAGCUUGCCUUUAUCAGGAAGAAGCAGCUUGAGCUUGGAAACUUCGGCAAGAAGAAGAAGAAAGUUGCUGAUAUCAAAAGACCAGAAGAUUUUGUGUUGGAGUUCAGAGCUAAGGAAGUAGAUCUUAUCAGGAUGAAACAAAGGGUUAAGAGGCCAAAGUCAUCUCCUGCACCGAUAAAUUCUAACCUUGUCUUCAUCAUACGCAUACAAGGCAAGAAUGAUAUGCACCCAAAGACCAAGAAGGUUCUUAACAGUAUGCAACUAAGGAGCACUUUUACUGGUGUCUUUGCCAAAGCAACUGACGGUUUGUUUCAAAAGCUUCUCAAAGUUCAGCCUUACGUCACCUAUGGAUACCCGAGUGAUAAGAGCGUUAAGGACCUCAUAUUCAAAAAGGGAUACACAAUCAUAGAAGGCAAUCCUGUUCCUCUUACCGACAACAACAUAAUCGAACAGGCUCUAGGAGAACACGAAAUCUUUUGCAUAGAAGACCUUGUGAAUGAGAUAUCAAGGGUCGGUGCUCAUUUCAGAGAAGUUAUGAGAUUCUUGGGACCUUUGAAACUAAACAAGCCUGAGGCUGGUGUCUUGCAUGGGAAGAAACAGGUUUUCAGUGAAGGAGGUGAUACUGGCAACCGUGAAGACAAGAUCAACGAUCUCAUCAUCAAAAUGAACUAG